AUGUCCUUCGCUAAGUUGUCGCUCGCGGCCUUGCUGGCCGUGAGCGCUUCGGCCGCGCCAUGCCCCGACAACGCCACUACCGGCAUCGUGGCCUCGACGUAUUUUGCGGGAUACCACGCCAACCGCGGGUUCCCCGUGUCGAGCAUGCCGUGGGAGAAGUACACGGAUGUCAAGUACGCCUUCGCCGAGACGUCGGCCGACGGCAGCCUCAACCUGACAAAGUCCGCUCCCGACCAGCUGCCCGUCUUCGUCUCGGCCGCCCAUGAGCACAACGUCAAGGCGCUCGUCUCUAUCGGUGGCUGGACUGGAAGCCGCUUCUUCAGCACUUCCAUUGGCAGCGCCGAGAACCGCACCGCUUUCGUCAAGACUUGCUUGGAUCUUGUCGAGAAGUACAACUUGGACGGUCUGGACUUUGACUGGGAGUACCCCAACCGCCAGGGCCUCGGCUGCAACGCCAUUAACCCCGACGACACGGCCAACUUCAUCGCCUUCCUCAAGGAGCUUAGGCAGAAGCAGACCAAGCCCCUGUUCCUGACGGCGGCUACCAGCCUCAACCCGUGGUUCGACGCGGCCGGCGUCUCGAGCGCCAACGGCACGCUCGCGCCCUUCACCGAGACGCUCGACUACCUCAUGGUCAUGGGCUACGACAUCUACGGCGCCUGGGCCGCGACGGGCGGACCCAACGCGCCCCUCGCCUUCUCGUGCGACUCCCGCAACAACCAGGGCGGCAUCAAGGAGGGCGUCGACAAGUGGAUCAACGCCGGCAUCCCCGCCAGCAAGCUCGUCCUCGCCGUCGGCGCCUACGGCCACGGCUUCUCCGUCAACUCGACCAGCGCCUUCACGGCCCCGGGCGUCCUCAACGCCUACCCGCCGCAGAACAGCAGCCACCGCUUCCAGGGCAGCAGCUGGGACGACGACCCACCCAUCGACGACUGCGGCAACGCCCAGCCCCCCAGCGGCACGUACACCUUCUGGAGCAUGGUCACCGAGGGCAAGUUCCUCGACGACGCGGGCAAGCCCCGCGAGGGCAUCGCUACCGGCUACGACGACUGCAGCCAGACGCCAUUCCUCUAUAACGAGACUGCUCAGGUCUGGGUUUCUUACGAUAACGUCGAAUCCCUCACGGCCAAGGGCAAGUACAUCACCUCGUCCAAGCUGGCUGGCUUUGCCAUGUGGGAGGCCGGCGGUGACCACAAAAACAUUGUCGUCGACGCAAUCCGCUCGGCCGUCGGCUUGUAA